AGCUGUACUAUAAUAGGAAGAACGUUCGUAAAAUGUACUGAGUGGCCUUUAGAUUAUGUAGACUUCAGUCAGUCAAAACGUACAGAGAUGAUUGAUAAUGCGGUCGACGGAGGGGGAAGGAGAAGCGACGGUAUGUCAAAAGACCUGAGCUGGUUUCCAAAAGAUAUCAAGAAAAGAGUGUGCACAACCUUUGUGGAGGACUCUUUCAGCAACGGCCUUCUGUGUCAGUGCGGGGGCGCACGGGACAGCCACGCCUCUGCCUCCCUGAGUGACUACUUCAGUGCGGCAAUUGUCAGUCAUUGGGACAGUGCGCAGCACUCAUCUGAGGCCCCCACCGAUGCUUUUGGAGAGGUGGAGUUUGCAGGGGCGAGUAAGAGAUACAGCCACUUCUUGCGCCUUUCCUGGGAUACUCCGCCUGCUACCGUCUAUUCCAUCCUGACUGACAACUGGGGCCUGCCCACACCAAACCUGGUCUUGUCCGUGGAGGGUGGUGUGGGUAGGUCAAAGAUCAAGAGCUGGGUGCGGGAGGUCCUGAGGCAUGGAUUGGUCAGAGCAGCGCAGAGCACAGGAGCAUGGAUCGUGGCAGGUGGUCUACGGGAGGGUGUUGGCAGGUGUCUGGGGGAGGCAGUGAGGGAUCACUUCACUGCUGCGUCCUCCGACUCUCUGGCUAAAGUGGUGACCAUUGGCAUUGCUCCGUGGGGUCUGGUGUCCCACCGAGAGCAGCUGAUAAACCUUGAGGGCAGUUUCCCUGCUGUCUACUAUGUUCCAAACACAUCACGGGACUCCUUCUGUCUGGAUAACAACUACCAGGCUUUUCUACUGGUCGAUAACGGGACAGUAGGCCGUACAGGUGGUGAGACUGUUUUCAAGGCACGCCUGGAGGACUACAUUUCUCACCAGCGCACAGGAAAAAAAGGCGGAAGCAUGGAUAUUCCUGUUCUCUGCAUGCUGGUGUCAGGAGAGUCUUACAUGCUUGAGAGAUUGAACUUCUCCUUGAAGAACUCCAUCCCCUGGUUGGUCCUGGCAGGUCAGGUGGGGCUGGCCGACCUGGUGAAUGACAUUCUGGAGAACGUACCAGCAUCAGAGUCAGAGGGCAAGGGGAACGUGGCGAACAAAACGGACCUCAGAUCAAGACUGGCAGAGAAAGUGAUUGAAACACUUCCAGCUGAUCCAGAUACUGACAAGCUGGUAGAAAAGGCUUUGAGUAUUUACCAAAGAAGAGGGCUGAUUUCCAUCUAUCAUGGUGAGCAGGAGGGCCCAGACGACUUUGACACAGUGCUGCUGAAGGCUCUAGUCGGUGUGAGCAAGCAGCGCUUGUCAGGCGAUACCAGCCCCAGUACCGAGGAACUGAAGUUGGCACUGACUUGGAAUAGAGUGGACAUUGCCAGGAGUGAGCUCUUCACAGGAGACAUCCAAUGGAAGAGUGAUGAUCUGGAAGACUUCAUGACUGAUGCUCUGGUGAAUAAUAAACCCCAGUUUGUGCACCUCUUUAUUGAAAAUGGCCUGAAUAUCCUGGACUACCUGACAUUUGGUCAGCUGGAGGAGCUCUACCGCUCUAUCUCGGACAGCUCUUUGGCCUACACUCUGCUAGUGCGUCACCUCAACGACCGCCAGGGUGCGCCCUAUACUGGCUUCACCUAUUCCUCUACCGACCUGUUAAACCACUCCUCCAGUCCAAUCAAAGAGUUUACCCUUUACGAGGUGUCUCAGCUCCUGGAAGACUUGCUGGGGGAUGUGUGCGAGCCAUUCUAUCGCAAAAUCCUGGGUCUGCAGGGCAUCACCUCUACAAGGAAAAUGGUGAAGAGGCUGACUAAGGUGUGGAAGGAAGGAACAGCCUACCGGAAUCACAGGUGCCCCCACCCAUGGGCCGCUCUUUUCAUCUGGGCUGUGCUGCAGAACCGCAGAGAGAUGGCCAUCUACUUCUGGGAAAUGACAACAGAAUCAGUGCUGAGUGCCCUUAGCGGCUGUAAGCUGCUGAGAGAGCUCUCCAAACUGGAGAGAGAAACCGAGACCAAAUAUUCCAUGAAGGAACUGGCCCGGAAAUUUGAAAACUAUGCCCAUGACGUGUUCAGCCAAUGUUAUCAGAGCAGCGAGAGUCGCUCAUUCGUGCUCCUGAGGAAGAAGUCAGCCAUAUGGGGAGGGGCCACGUGUUUGAAGAUGGCCAUGGAGGCUGACGCCCGCUACUUCUUCAGCCACGAUGGAGUGCAGAGUCUGCUGUCUCAGAUCUGGUGGGGUGAUAUGAACAGGAGCACGGAAGUGUGGAAGCUCAUCCUCACUCUGUUCAUCCCUCCUCUUUGCUACACCAAUCUCAUUUCUUUUAGGGAGGUGGAAGAGGCUGAGGAGGGGAAGCCCGACGAGAUCCCACAAGGGAAGGACAUAGAAUGGCUCUAUGCAGAAACUGUCUUCUCAUUCAGGGACCUCAAACGCAUGCAGGAAAAAUCAGAAGACUCAAGCCCCAUCAGACCUACCACAAAAGGCCGCCUGGACAGGGCCACCCCUCAGAAGAGGCCCUUCUUGGUUCAGCGCUGGAGGCAGUUUUGGUAUGCCCCAGUCACCGCCUUUGUUGGAAAUGUGCUCAUGUACUUCCUCUUUCUGGUCCUCUUUGCUUAUGUUCUGCUGCUGGACUUCAAGCCGCCGCCCCCCACAGGCCCCUCCACACCUGAGCUGGGGCUGUACUUCUGGGUUUUCACCAUUGUAUGUGAGGAGAUUCGAGAGACAUUAUUUAUUGGAAGCAUGACUCUCCGACAGAGAAUCCGGCUGUAUCCUCAGGACGUGUGGCACAAAUGUGACCUCAUCGCCAUUAUCCUCUUCCUCAUUGGCAUGUGCUGCAGGAUGUUCAGGAGUACUUUUAUGUUGGGCCGUGCUGCCUUGUGCCUCGACUACAUGGCUUUCACAAUUAGACUUCUCCACAUCUUUGCCAUUCACAAGCAUCUUGGGCCCAAAAUCAUUAUUGUGGGCAAAAUGAUGAAGGACGUAUUCUUCUUCCUGUUCUUCCUGGGGGUAUGGCUGAUGGCCUAUGGAGUAGCCAAUCAGGCUCUGAUGUACACCUAUGACACCAGUGCUGAUAGGAUUCUUCGACGGGUGUUCUACAGGCCAUAUCUGCAUAUAUUCGGACAGAUCCCGGUGGAGGAAAUAGACUCGGGCUACGUUUGGAAUGCUGACUGCACAGACAACACCACGCUUGUCGAUGAAGGUAUGGAGCCCUGCAGGAAUCCCCAUCAUAAUUGGCUAGUGGUCAUCUUACUGGUUGUCUACCUCCUGGUCACCAACAUCCUACUCAUGAACCUACUCAUUGCCAUGUUUAGCCACACCUUCUCCAAGGUACAGGAGCGGAGUGACACGCACUGGAAGUUCCAGCGCUUCAAUGUGAUUGUGGAGUACCACUCUCGGCCAUGCCUUGCACCACCCUUCAUCGUCAUCUCCCACAUCCACCUCAUCAUCAAGAGGAACAUUCGCAAGAUCCCAUCAGAGAAAAUCCACCAGUUUGCUGUAGAACUGACAGAAAAGAUUAACAACAGACUUUUGACAUGGGAGAGCAUUCAGAAAGAAACUUUCCUGUCAGCUGCCAGCAAGAAGCAAAGAGGGAGUGAUGGCGAGAGGCUGAAACGCAUGUCAAUCAAAGUGGACAGUGUUCUCAAACAGACUGCGGAAAUAAGGGAUGUUGAUCGUAGAUUACAAGCACUUGAGACCGAGAUGGAGUUCUGUUCCUCCACCCUUGUGUGGAUGGCUGAGGCGCUCUCUCAGAGUGGGUUGCUGAAGACCAAUAAGCCUCCACCUACACACAAAGUAAGAUGAGAGGUGGAGUUCUCUGUCUGGCACUCAUCAGUCACCCCUUCUUUGCACCAUUUCUCUUCCUCUUGCACCUAUGCGUCAUGGCAUGGCAAGGAGACAUGCUCCCACCUCUCUCAUCAGCCGGAUUUUUAUGAGCUCUCGGAAAAGUCGCUGGGCAUUGUUCUGAUUUUAAAGAGUUGCUCAUGCAAGCUGGGCCAUUGUCCUUUAAGUUCUUGGGAACUGCAUAUUCCCACACUUGGGGACUGCAAGAGAGGGGAAUACAGGGGAACAAGGCAGAACCUAUGACAUGCCAAUGAGACACUUCUUGAAUAAUUUUUGUGUUACAGGUACAGUCAUGUAGAAAAUGUAUCAGUGUGCUGUUACUUUUGUGCAGUCUUAAAAAAAAAAAAAAAAAAAGAUUUUAUGUUUGUGCUCUGGAGUCCAAUAUGCAGUAUUAUGUACAAUAUGACAUUUGUCCAUUUGCCUCUGCCUCUUCUUCACUGAAAUAGAGCAGAAAACCAUUUAUGGGCAGUCAUGAGAUUUCUGCAGCCAUAGGUUUAGGAUUAAAAAACAACAAAUGAUUAUACCUACAUUCACUCACCUGUUAUGUGAGAACACCUACUUCACCAGAUGAAAUCAUACUUGAGAGGACUUACUAUCAAACGUUUUUUACUAUCAUAAAGAACAGAACUACAUAACUGUCUGUUUAAAUAAUCAGUAUAAACACUGCAGAUAAUUGGUAUAAACAUUGGUAAUCACCAUAAACUGUAAAAUGUUUUAACAAUGCUUGCACCACAGUGCAUUGUUAAGAUGAAAAUACAGGUAGCCAAAGACCAGCAGCUGCAUGUAAGUGUGAUUACACAUCACUUUUGAAAUAGACAGUUGUCAUUUGGAAUAUGUAAAAUUACAGAGGUUUUAGGCAUUUUAUCAAAGCUUUAAAUACAGCAAAUGAAUUGGAACUUUCUUGGGACUUACUUGAAGGUACUUAUAAACAGAAGCAUUAGUCAGACAUUUGGUUUAAGACAUGUGGAUUUAUACCUAUUACCACUGCUAUUUUGGAGAUGUCUACACACACACUUUCCCAGAGGAUAUGGAUGCUGUUGCUACUAAAUUUGUUGAAAUGUUUAAACACAAACUGACCCAAAGGACACUGACGCAGUUACUUUUUUUUGGGUUUAUUUUAUAAACCAUAUGUGCAAAACUGACUUGUGUAGCAGUGUUUAUUCUGUAUAUCAGUUUUAAGCUCACAGAGGAAUUUAUUUUGUGGUAGUGCAUUGUUAUGACUUCUAUAACUGUCAGUUGCUCUAACUAAUACGGUGCUGUGUAUUGUCUGUUCAUAUGCUGUCUAUUUAUAAACGUUUUGGCCAGCAGAGCAGAACAUAUGUGAUGGACAGAGGGACAGAAAUAGUCUGUAUGCAUAUGCUUGCUUCUUUUAUUUCACAGGCAUAGCAGGUUCACACUCUCUCAUUAUUAUUUAUUCCCUGUAUUCUCACUUUGUUGGCAUUCCAUGUUUCAGUGAUGAAGGCAAGGGAACUCACAAUGAGAACACCUAUAAGGAU